CUAUUCCUCUGCCUCACUCCGCGCACACACUCUCUCUCUCUCUCUUUCUCUUGUUAACAUCUGCUUCAACACAGACAAGUAUAGAUAUACAUAUUCUCUCACAUACAUACAUACAUAUAGUCAGAGAGAGAGAGAGAGAGAGAGAGAGAAGGAGCCUGAUUUCUUUCUGUAUAUUCCAUCCACAAUGUCGGUUUGCAAAGGCGACGAUCCUCGCAUCCGUGGCAUCAAAUCCAAAAUCCGCGUCGUCCCUAACUUCCCCAAACCAGGGAUUAUGUUUCAAGAUAUCACAACACUGUUACUCGAUCCAAAAGCCUUCAAGGACACGAUCGAUAUGUUCGUCGAGCGCUACAAAGCCAAAAACAUAUCAGUGGUUGCAGGUAUAGAAGCUCGGGGAUUUAUAUUUGGUCCUCCCAUUGCAUUGGCUAUAGGAGCAAAGUUUGUUCCCUUGAGAAAACCGAGGAAGUUGCCUGGUGAAGUUAUUUCAGAAAAAUAUAUCUUGGAAUAUGGAACGGAUUGUCUGGAGAUGCAUAUUGGAGCAGUUGAGCCUGAUGAACGUGCUUUGGUGGUUGAUGAUUUGAUUGCCACUGGUGGAACCCUCUGUGCAGCAAUGAAUUUAUUGGAACGUGCAGGGGCUGAAGUUGUUGAAUGUGCAUGUGUAAUUGAAUUACCAGAUUUAAAGGGCCGUGACCGAUUGAAUGGAAAGCCAUUAUAUGUACUUGUGGAGUCUCACUAGUAUUGUCGGAUGAUAGUACUACCAGCAUUCUGUCGCCGUGCUGCAGCAUGAUAAACUGUACAUUAGAGGACUAUUGUUGGCUUAUGUUGUCUUUAAAUCUCAUUUCAUUGUAUUCCUCCUAUUUCUUUGAGUAGUGAAUUUUGAUGAACCUCCAUGGCUGAGACCAUUUUUCUUUCUAGUGUAGAAACUCUUUAAGAAUUUAUGCAAAUGGGGCUUCCUCAUUUUCUUCGAAGGA